GACAACCGUCGACAGAAUGUGCGCUCAGUGAGGUCGCUUCUACAAAAACACCCGAUCACCAAAAAAGGAUAAAUAAGCAGCAAGGGGAAGGAAAAUGUCGGCGAUCGAUUUUUCCACCCGGUGGUAGUGCCAAAACAUUAGCGCGCUCGUGUGUGUGUGUGUGUGUGUGUCUCUGUGCCGAGAGCGUCAGAGCCUGCUCGAAGCAAUUUCGAUCGUUCUGGGCAAAACGAAAACAGCACCAGCCAGAAGAGCAGUGUGAGGAUGCGAUUAUUAUUGCGAUUUUGCUCACAACAACAAUUCAGGGAGCGUGAAAAUUCUAAUUAAUUGUGCGAUGUGGUAGCAGGGAAGCUGUGAGCAUUUCUUUCCGUAAACAACGGGGUUCGACACUGGCCGCGGUGUCCACCUUUAGGGUUCGGUUCGGAGCCAAGCAAAACCCAUUGUUGAUACGCAGGCUCGCGGCCUGUACGGAAACCGAUUCUUGCCAAAAAAGGACUCGCCACUGACAACGGCGUGCAUUGCGGAGUUUUUCGCUUUAGAGUGUGUGCGUGUGUGUGUGUGUGUGUGUGUGGAAGGAGAGGGGCGGCGGUGUGGUAAGAUGGAUAUCAACUCGCCCAAUGCCCUUAAACGUUGCUCCAGUGCACCACAGAUAAACAAUCUGCUCUCUAGCACCGCCGCCAUCGUCGGGGUGCAGCCGAUGGAAGAAGGACAAUCGCAACCCGUACCAAGCACUAGCGGAAACAAUAACAACAACAAUAACAACAACAACGACAGCAAUAACAGCACCAUUACCAGCACCAUUGGCCGGAUCAACAGCACCGGUCACAGCGGCCCAGCGCAACAGCAGCACCUGCAGCAGGUAGGACUGCUGGCGGAAGGACACAUGAUGGAACCACUGCACGCAGGUAGCGCUGGCAGCAGUGGCACAGUCACAGGUGGCAGCCUGCUGAACGCAGCCAGCUUCCACGCGGGACCGUCGGGAUCCAGGGAAUCGCUUCCGACGUCGUUUUCGAACAUCUUCACGCCCCGGGUGCGCCGGUUCUCCGCCAGCUUCAGCCCGCUGGCCGUCAUUUCGAACGGCAGCGCAAGCCCGGGCCGUGGUGGAAGUGGGGGCGGCGCCGGUACGCCCGGUCCCCGCCUAACGCCCCGGAUAUCGCAGCUCCGGCAGGAGGAGUGUGCCGACGUCAGCAACAGCCGGGAGGUGAACCAUGAGCGGGAGAUACACAACGCGAUGCAGAUGUCGCAAAGCUGCGAAGACCUGACGCUGGUGGCGGAGAAUUGGUCCUUUUCGUCGGGCACCGCGCCCGGCAAGAUGGUGAUCGAUGAUCUGCAGAACCCGCUGCACGUGGCACUGCCCACGAUCGGGUCGACGUGCUGCUCCAGCCCAUCGCCGACGAGCCGUGGCGGGAUUGGGCUGCAGUAUCCGACGACGUCACCGUCGCCGACGCGCAAGUUCGUCACCCGGCGGUCCAUGUCACCGUGCCCGCUGCGGCCCAGCCCGCUCAGCUCGUCGGUGAAGCGGAAGUUCGAUCUGGAGGACAACUAUGGCAACUGUUACUCACCGCCGUCGAAGAAAAUUUUCCCCUCGGAAAGAGGCUCGUCGCCCGUCUGUCAAACGCCAUCAUCGCCCUCACCGAUCUGCCCCAGUCCGGACUCGUCGACGACCUCGUUCGAGAGCGGUAGCAAUAACAACAACAGCAACAACGGUGGCAACGGUGGCGGCAUCAACAUUCCACUGUGCGGUCCCUUUCCCCUCGCAGCCACCAGCGGCAGUGCGGCGAGCGCGAGUGGCCGAAUAACGCCAAAGUUUUUCCUUGCCCGGCUGUCCGGCAGUGUGCCGAGCCCGGGCUGUGGCGUUGGCUCAACCGUAACGUUCGGCGGUGGGAUGAGUUUCGGGGGAAGCAGCGGCUCGAACAGUGGAUGUUCUACCCCGACCGGCAUCGCCAAUCCGAUCGGUGGAGGCACUGGUGGCAAUGCUGCCGUAAUGAUGGACUGUGGCGUUAGUAGCAGUACCGGUGGCGGGGCCAGUGCCGGCACGAUGGAAGUCGUCAGUAGCCAUGAAGACAGAUGCAGGAUGGGGGAAGAGGAGGAGGAGGAGGAGGAGGAGGCGGAAGGGCGCUCGAAGGGCGCGAAUACCGAUAGCAUUAAGAUGGUCUGUGAUGAAACGAAUGAAAUGGGUGGUAGUGAUCACCAACACCACCACCAGCAGCAGCAGCAGCAGCAGCGUCCACGCCGGCUGAUUGGCAUUGGUGGGGCGACCGGGGGACCGAUCAGCAGUGCCGCUUCGCCCCGGGAGUUGAGGGAGCAGCUGCUGAAGUCGGCCCUCGAUCCGGACGCGGCCGGAAGCUGCAACAGCAACAGUAGCAGCAGCAGCAGCACUAGCAGUAGUAGUAAUAGCAGCAGCAGCAGCAGCAGCAGCAGCUCCACCACCACUAGCGAUAGUAACAACAGUGCCAACGCAAUUAACAGUAACCGCACUACGGGCAGUCACGCAGCAGGUCCCAGUGGUAAUGCUCUGGACAGUAGUAGCAGUAGCAGCAGCAGCUCCAGCUCCAGCAGCAGUGGCACCAACACCAGUAGCAUUGAUAAUGCCGGUGCAGCCGCGGUCGCGAACGCUGGUGGCACGGCGGCCGGUGCCCUUUGUCCACCGCUGACGUCCUUUCCCAUGAUGGCCAUACCGAGCAAUCUGGCGGAGAUUGCAGAAUCGUGAAGAUAUUGCCCAUACAAAGAUCGUGCACACACACAUAAGCACACAUAUUACUGAUUAAUACUGAUCUUUGCGGUUACUAGCGAUAAGGGAAACGGGGAAGGUGAGCCGCUGCGGGGACAAUAAUCAAUAAUCGUUUGCACGAAUGAACAGAGAUAAAGAGAAGGAGAGAGAGAGAGGGUAAAUAAGAAGCAAUUUCCAGUAGAAAUUGCACUAAUGUAGAGCCAAGGUUAUCUUACAAUCCGUAGCUCGAACAGCGGUAGAAUUUGCUCUUACAAAAGGCUGCAUUCACGUUACAACCACUACAAGAGGGGGUGUAGGGGAAGAGAAAAACAAGGGUAAACAAUCCUACACCGGAGAGCGGGCAUACUGAAAAAGGUACCCCAUACUUUACCCCGCCACUAAUUACCAGUUAUGUUGCUGUUAGCUUUAACUAUUCGGUUCUAUAGGUUGUCCAUCCAGUUGGCACCUAAACUUAAAC